GGAAUUGCUAGACAGCAGCAUGUGAUCCUUGGGUUACCUAUGUCUGAGGGAUAUCUCCACCAGGAGGCCUCUUCACCACUCAUACAUACUUGUAUUAGAUAUUCUCACAUACCCUUGCAUCUAUAUAUACACAUACAUCAAUGAUCAACCCACACCCAACUCAAGUCCUCAAGUCAUCACAAUUAUCUGCUUGUAAACCAAACUUUCCCUUCUUCUCCUUCAUCAUUUUUGCUAUUUUUCAACUCCUAGAGAGUUAACAUAAACAAAUAGCAAUGGCUAUUCGCUUUCCUGCCAUCACACAUGUUAAGCAGAUUCUUCGCCGAUCAAACAUGCUUCAAAAUCAAUCUGCUUCUAAUUUUACAGAUGUUCCAAAAGGCUACUUAGCAGUAUAUGUUGGAGAAGGACAAAAGAAGAGAUACAUAGUUCCCGUAUCAUUGUUGAAUAAGCCUUCAUUUCAAGAAUUGCUAAGGAAGUCUGAGGAAGAAUUUGGUUUCAAUCAUCCAAUGGGCGGUAUCACAAUUCCCUGCAGAGAAGACAUCUUUAUUAAUCUUACUUCAUGUUAGAUUUGAAAAUCAUCAACCACAAUUUUGUAUAUUGUACAUAUUAUUCCCAACGAGAUAUAAAGAUAACUAUAGUUCCUCUUUUACUCAA